AUGGCAUCUGGCUAUGACAGAGCUCUUUCAGUUUUCAGUCCUGAUGGACAUGUCUUCCAAGUCGAAUAUGCCCUAGAAGCCGUCAAAAGAGGUACCUGUGCCGUCGGGGUAAAAGGAAAGGAUGUAGUUGUUCUGGGCUGCGAGAAGAGAUCGGCAAUGAAGUUGCAAGAUACACGAAUUACGCCAUCCAAGAUUGGCCUUGUCGACGAACACGUUUGCCUUGCCUUUGCGGGGUUGAAUGCAGAUGCUAGAAUAUUGGUGGAUAAGGCAAGAGUAGAGGCUCAGUCGCACAGAUUGACCGUUGAAGACCCCGUUACGAUUGAAUAUAUUACGAAAUACAUCGCCAGCGUUCAACAGCGUUAUACGCAGAGUGGUGGUGUUCGACCAUUUGGGAUCAGUACCUUGGUUGUUGGGUUUGACAACGGAGACUCAAAUCCUCGGCUCUAUCAGACUGAACCUUCGGGAAUAUACUCUGCAUGGAAGGCAAAUGCCAUCGGCCGAUCGAGUAAAACCGUACGGGAGUUUUUGGAAAGAAACCAUAAGGAUGGUAUGGAUAGGGAAGAGACCGUUCAACUGGCAAUCAAAUCACUACUUGAGGUGGUCCAAACCGGCGCCAAAAAUAUUGAGAUCGCAAUCAUGGCGCCCGGAAAACCGAUGGAGAUGCUGCCAAGCGAGAAAAUCGAGACCUACGUUAAAAGCAUAGAAGCCGAAAAGCAGGAGGAAGCAGCAAAGAAAAAGACUGGCCGGACUCCAGGGACUGGUACUGCUGCGAUACUGACUCGGGGGAGUGGAGAGGCGUCAGAACGCUAA